AUGUCGCAAUUUCUCACAGAACUGUUCCAGUCCAUCUUCACGCCCGGACCUACGCAUAGUCUCCUCGUCGCAACAAACGUCGCAUUCGCAGGUCUACAAGCCACCCUCCUCGCUCUCCUCAUCGCAACCUACAGCAUCCACUUCCUCAUCCUCUCGUUCCUGAGCGCUGGACUAUGGUGGGCUAUCAACUGGUUUGUGGCGGAAUUGCGGAUCGCAGAGGCGGAGAUGGCGGAGAAGAAGCGACGGCAGGAGGAGGUUGGGUCGGGGGAUGAUAGCGAGACGGAGGCGGAGACGGUGAUAGAGAGUUCGGAUACGAAGAGUGGGAGUAAGGAAGUUGAGGUUAUAGAGCCGGUAGGAGAUUUGAAACCUAGGUUUGCUUCUGGAGGGAGCAGGUCGGAGCAUAGCACGGAGGAUGAAUGGGAGAGGGUUUCGGAGAACGAGAAGGACAAGUGA